ACUUUCCGAUUUCUUCUUCCCUCGCCACCCUUACGUUCCUGCUGUACCCGGAAGUGGUUCUGUGAUGCGAGGCUGUUCAGACUAGACCGUCAGGAAAAGACUAAAGAUUAGAUUAUAGGAAAAAAAUAAGCCAUGUUUCGAAGGCCUGUGUUACAGGUACUUCAACAGUUUGUAAGACAUGAGUCUGAAAUAGCUAACAGCUUAAUUCUUGAGAGAUCUCUGAAUCGUGUCCAGUUACUUGGGCGAGUGGGUCAGGACCCUGUCAUGAGACAGGUGGAAGGAAAAAACCCAGUCACGAUAUUUUCUCUAGCAACAAAUGAGAUGUGGCGAUCAGGGGAAAAUGAAACAUACCAAAUGGGCGAUAUCAGUCAAAAGACAACAUGGCACAGAAUUUCAGUAUUCCGACCAGGCCUCAGAGAUGUGGCUUAUCAGUAUGUGAAAAAGGGGUCUCGAAUCUUUGUGGAAGGGAAAGUAGACUACGGAGAAUACACGGAUAAAAAUAAUGUGAGGCGACAAGCAACAACAAUCAUAGCUGAUAACAUUAUAUUUCUGACCGACCAGACAAAAGAGAAGGCAUAGAGUGGAUUCUUUGGCCAUUGUUUGAUAUGGUAAGAUGAAGGAUGCGGAGACAACUGCCUUUGAAAGAAGAGUGUAUUACUUACAGUUCUCAAGAGGAGGGCACACGCCACGCCAUGCAGGACCACACCAAGCCCUGCGGGAGCACGUGGGGAAGCACCGGGGUAGGUCAGGAGGAAGAGGGAGCAAGGGGAAUGUGUAGGCCAGAGCGUUUGCAGUGGUUUUUAGGGGGAAGGACAGAUGAGGCAGGUUUGGCAAGCUGAGAAAGUUUAGGAUUGGACAGUUCGAAUAAUUUUCAGCAGCCUCUGGGCAAUAGGGGGUGGUCCCUAGUUGUCAGGUACCUGGCCCUUGGUUGAUUUUGGGCAGAGGAAUAGUGUCCUGCACUGCAUGAACCUGAUAAAAGGAGGUUAAUGGGGGUAUGGGUUCAUAAUUGUUUGGUUUACAUAUCAAAGGCAUGCUCAUGGGCAAGAGUUAGCUAAUGUUGGAAGGGGAGAAGUCCCUCCCAGGGUCUGCCAGGCCCUAAGAUGUCCAAACAUUAAAACACAGAAAAUAAGAAACAUGAUUAAUUUACUGCCCAAUAUCCAUUAUCCCUUCUACUUUUAGAGAGCCUGUAUUUUAUUGGAGGUGACUACACAGCUGAAAUACUGCAUUCUUGUUCCCCUUUGCAGUUAGGGCUGUUAGGGGGAUAUAAGCAGAAAUCACUUAGUGGUGCUUCCAGGAAAGUUCCUUCUAUGAGCUAACUGUUGGGAGGCUCGUCCUGUGUGCUUCUCCAGACCCUCAUCUGGCUUUUUCUUGUCUGAAAUGUGGACAUAAUAGCUGAGUCUCCAGUAGCCAUCUCGGACCAUGAGAUGAUCUUCAGGAUGGAAGACAGGAGAAUCUGGGAUCUGUGAUGACCAUGGAACUGUCACACCGGUUCUGGACAGUCUACCUCUGGACUUCUUUGGGAGACACAAAUAAAUCUGUACUUUGUUUAA